GUAGAUUUAUGUAUAUGUUACUAGACGUAUGAAAAUAUUAUAUAUCUUUGCCUUUAUAUUAUUCAUACAUUUUGAUCUUCUAAUUCGAAUUACCCAAUCGUUGUACUUGGGAAACAAACUGGUCUACCAGUAAGAAACUUAAUUGCUAUGUUGGUCAGCAAAUUUGUGCACAGUUUAUUGACUGGACAGAUCAUGUGAUCUGCAUACAAAAUUCAUCCCAACCAUUUAUUUCGUUUGCUGACGUCUGAGUUUCUAAAACAUAUUGUAUGAAUCGUUUUAUUAUGUGUUCAGAUUGCUCACAGCUAACAUACAUAUUUAUGUCGCCCCAGUCAGCCGGCGAGAGAAAAGCUAGCACUACACAAAAAUAUAUCACGAUAGCGUCACAACAGUUAAGUUCUGUUAAAACAAAUGUCUGACGCAAAGCGAAGCAAAAGUUCUAUGUGAAUUGGUCAUUAGGCAGUCGUGACAAAUGAAGACAGCUACUGCGGUCAAAAACUCUAGCAAACCAUAACGCAGAGUGCGUUCAAAUAGCUCGUCUCACAUUUUGUAAUACGCUCGUAAUUAAAUAUUUUUAUUUGCAAAAUUUAAGCAAGUACAAAUCGGUUUACGUGGCAAAUAAAAAAAUAUAAUAACUCAAAUGGAACUUUAUGUAGUACAAUAGAAUUCUAGUAUUGAGCUAUAUUCAAUCUUUAAUAUCGCGUCUAUAAUAAAACUGAAGAUAAAUCCUUCUAUUGAUUCAACAACAACGGUAUAGGGCUAGUUUGUAGCUUACCGCGCGUUUAAAAGUGUUCGUAGUACCAAAACCGAAUGUGUCUCCUCAACUGUUUCUUAUUGCAGCGAUUCUAUCUUUUCUCAGCUAUAUAAAUAUGUGCAUAUGUAUAUACAUAAUGUGAAUGAUAUUAUCCACCUAUUCAUAUUUUACAACCCCACGUUAAUCAUAGAGUGUGAGAAAGCAACGGUGUGAAGCGAUAUUUAUUUUCCAAGUGUAUGGGGACAUGUGCAAUUAAUAUGUUUUAUCAACUAAUACGGCGGCGCUUUUAUAUUUUGUCAUCAUGAUAAUAAAUUGGAAUUGUUUACUGACUAUUGGAUACAAAGCGAAUAAUAUUUGUCAUAAAUUUUUAGUGAGAAUCUUAAGCAUUUAAAUUUAAUAAUUGAAAAAUCUGAAACAUAUAUAAUAUUAAAAAAAUAAAUAAAAUUGUGAUUUAAGGUAUUUUACCUUUGCGAAUGCGUUCCAUUAUUUUGCGCAACAACCAAUUCCCAUUUGAUGGUCGACAAGUGCGAGUCCUGCUUUAUCGAGAAUGUGACAAGACCGGCCGCAAAUUGUUGUUUGACUCCAAUGCACUGCAAAAAGUGACAUUAAAGGAAACAAAUGGUAAUAUUGGCAAAAACGGAACUGAUCGAUUUACAAGGUUCAGUGAAUACAAUACAAACAAUCGCAAUCGAAAUGGUAACACGAAUUGUGGUAAAUCUCAAGCCUAUAAAACACAUUCCAGUAAUAGUUUCAUAGAAGUUUGUGAAGAAUAUGGUUAUAAGCAUGUACAACCAAACUCUGCAGAAUUCACCAGUAUUGGGGAAAUGGUGUUCGGAGCGUCGGCUAUGUCCUUUCGCGGGACAGCUUUCAAAGUACAUUGGUUACAACAGCCUCCCCGUAUAUUAUGUUCGCAAGUUUUUCUCACACCUGUUUAUUCCGGCAAUGGUCAUUCGCCAUACUCGACUAUUUCUACAAACAGUUUGGCCACACCACGUACUUCUAUCUCAAGCGAACAUGGCUCGAUGGACAACUUUUCGAUGAGUUCUUUUUCAAUGCUGGGUUAUCCCAUGAGCAUUGGCCGGCAAUUUAGUCUAACUCCAAGCGAUCGUAAUAGUUUUAUAACUAGCCCACUCGAUGUACCGGAUCAACAGUCAUUAUCAACAGCUUUUGAUGGUGGGAGAGCAGAUAGUGGACCACGUUUUUCGUCAACAUACAGCACUGUUACCGAUUCGGGUUACGAUGGCAUGAGUCGAAGUCAAAUGUCAAGCGAUCAGUGGUCAGCAUCGUAUCAGUGCUCUACACGCAGCAGUCUCGGCUCCAUGUCGUCGGAGCAAAUAGACACAUUGCAAAAGUUCAAUUUUGAGUCAAUAUAUUUUGCAUAUACCCCAUUGUUCGACGAUUCUGUAAGUGACGGUAGCCUUCAGCGUCGCAUCUGUCGUAACCUACGCACAUCGUUCGAGAAUGAAUAUGCAAUUAAUGAUUUGAUUGGAUUCAUCAGCGACAACUAUACUUCAACGGGGAAUGCCAAUUGUGGUGGAAGUGAAGGAGGGAAUAUGGGUGUGCCGAAUUACAGACGAGCUAGUUAUAGUGCGAAUGAAUCACGCAGUAAUCCGGAAAUUGGACGACGUCGGGAUACGUUAUCAAGUGUUGGCGGUAAGCCUUCGCAUCGACGUGCUAAGCUGGGUUUGGCUGUGUGCAUCACUAUGAGUGAGUCUUUCGAAGAGGAGAUGGAACUAUUUUGUAGUGAGCACAUAGCAUUGCUGGAAUCGAUGUUGGGCCGCUUGCGUGCUUUUACAGAGCGAGCAUACAUUAAUCAUAAAGAAUUUUACCAGAUUAUGCUUCAAGCAUGGCUGGAGACCCAACAGUGGUUUAGCGACUUGUUCACUGCACCUCGCAUCAAAUGCCCUAUUUGGCUCGAUAUAACCACAAGCGGCAACAAAUAUUCAAAAAGCGUUGCAGAAAAAUUUAUGAAGGAAUUAUGUUGGCUGCUAACAUUUGCUGAUACUAAGGAUACUAAUUUUUUUAUCAGCACUAUGUUGACGGCCAUUUUAACACACCAUCUUGGUUGGGUAUCCACAGUUGCCGCAUUUAAUUCGAUAUCUUCCGUGACUGAGUCAUCUACGGCAGCGAUAGAACAACGCGCCAAACUUCUACAGGUAUCACAAAAACACCCUUAUAAUGCCUUGUGGGCACAGAUGGGUGACCUAUAUGGGGCUAUUGGAUUGCCUCCACGGUUAGCGCGGACGGUUAUAUAUGGCACAGAAAAAUUAGCAGUAGAAAGACUGCUUAAUAUACUCACCUACUUCAUACGAUGUGGGGAAGUAAGACGUUCUGCUAAGCGUGAAGACUUUAACAAGGAUACACUUAAUUCUCUUCUUCAAAAGCGAAAAAAUGAAGUAUUAAAAAAGUCUAGCAACGGUUCAUAUCAACGUGGUACUAAUCUGAAAAAGGCAACUCUCUCUGGGGACUUAAUAAAGGAUUGGAGUAACGAUGGCGGAGGUCUAAAACGUAUACACACUUGCAAAAUAAAUUUAAACACUAUAUCAGAUAAUGGCGAAUUAUCUGAGAAUAUUAUAGGGGAAGAAGAGAAAAGCAGCGAUGAGGAGAUGGAUGGUGCCCAAGUUGUCCGUACGUUAAAAAAGAAUGAAAUUCCAAACGUACUGGCGUUUAGAGACUCUCGUUUUGUUCAACAAGAAUUGCGAAUUGGCAAUUACCUUAUGGACACAGGCAUUGAAAAGAAAUCAUUAUUAAAAUUUGGAACAUCUCAAAAAAUCAAAAACAGCAUGUCUCUAACAGAGAAAGAGGGAAAAAUACGAGUUUUAAUUACAACACCUGAUAAUGAAGAACUGUGCAUAGAAGAUGAAAGUUCACUCGGUGGUGGUAGCACAAGUGAAGAAGGUGCUGUAGAAGCCAUAGAAAUAGACACUGGUAGUGAAGGAAACUUCUCAUUAGCCGACGAAGGGGUUGUGGAUACAGGAAAGAGACACUUUUUCUGGCAAGUUGUAAAAGAAGGUCUAAGUCUAAAGCAGCUACAACGCGGAGAGAACGCAAUUAAUGUGUCUUAUUCAGGUGACCGUGUUCAAUUACGACGGCAAAUGGAAUUAGAUGGACCCAUGUCCCAUCUGUCGCUUUCGGAUCUAAUUACUCAAAAUAGCAUGGGAAAGACUGAUCGUAUGACGUGGGGCAUUGAGCCGCGUCGUGAAAAUGUGAGUUUAGAAGAAGAAAUUCAUUUUGACAAUUGUCAGAAAAAUCGUGGCAAUGGGAAUGCAAAUUCCGCAAAUUCUAUAGGAGGUGUUGUAUUUAUGUUAGGCGAAAAUGAGCCACUUGUUAACCUUAAGAAAAGCAACGAAAAUCUUACUACAGCUAUUGAAAAAGAGGGUACAAAAGCCACGCAUGCUGAUGACACUAAUACCGGCAACACUCAACUACUUUGUCCGCUGCAUCAACGUACACACGGCCCAUCAUCGAAGCGACACUCAGGCGUUAAGUUUAACUUUGAACAGUUUCCACAAAUCGCCACUAAUUACAUGAAAAGCAAAAAUUUAGUGUUAUCCAACUAUGACCUGUUAAUGGACAAGAGUACUAAAUUUAAACCACAAGGUGGUGUAACGUUAGAAAGUCUAACUUCAGAGUGUUCGUCAUCUGCAUCGACAGCUAUUGAAAGUACAUCAGACAAUUCAACGGAAUGUAUGGUUUGCAAUAGCAUACUCAACUCUUAUCAAACGCCCUCCAACGCUACAGAAUUGGAAUUUGAAACGGAUGAGAUACGUUCUCCCCAUUGUCAACAAUCAGCAACCAAAGUGCUGAGGAGUCCCACAACACAGAUGCCAAAUAGCAUGCGUACUUUGCAACCUAUCGGUUCAGCUGCUUCAAUUGAUACGUUGAAAUCUUCGUCUGUAGAUAAUUUUGCAGAAUUCGAGCCUAAAUUGUGCUCCCCACCAUCUCCAACGGACCGACAAAAGACAUACAACCCAAAUACACGUAAAUUAUCCUCACAUCGCGGUUCUAUCUCAUCUGUUGCUGCAAAGUGUGCGGCAGUAAAUGAAGCACUACAUUUGGUGAAACUACCGAUACCCGGAAUUAGAGAUAUACCGCAAGAAGACGAAAUAAGUGCGGGAGAUGGCAUGAAAUUGCGAGCAGGUUUCGUACCGUCACUUUUUCUUAAUGUCACAGAUCAUUACGUAUCUGAUAUGGUUUUACAGGGUACUUGUGCACCUCCAGAAACAUGGCAGAUGUCCCUUCGAGAAGAUCUGGCUUUAUCAGCUCGUGCUGCAUCACUAAUUUCAUUGUCUGCUGAGAAUGUUGCGAUCGUAGCGGAUAUGGAAAAAUGGGAUGUACGACUGAUUUCAUCGCAACUUCAACAUUUUCCAUACGUAGGCGAACAAAGUACACCAGUGGGAAUGUCGCAAUUAGUUUCUAAUAUGCUGGAAACCGUGCAUGCAAUGAAUACCGCUGGAAUUUCCGCAUAUGAGUGUUUGGCAUUUCUGGAAUCGAAAAUGCAAGAAAUAUUUCUUCAAUCGGAAUCGUUAGCGGCCUUUCUGCUUGAAACAGAAUUUUGUCAGUUAAGUACUGUAACAACAGCACUUAAUCUUAGUGAAAACGAUAUUCCAUUGCUAUUAUCGAUUGCAUCCAUUCAUACACCUCAAAUAGCUAAAAAGUGUGGAAUUAGCUUCCGGUGACAAGCUAUCAUUCUAAAAUGUUUUCAGUUUGGGUGAGGUACUUUAAAAAGUCAUACAACGCUCAAUUAAAUACUCUUAAGUAAAAUUGUUAUUUUCCUCACAUUCAUUUUCGUUUUUGUUUUUAAAAACAAUGAAUUGUUUGAUAGUUAGAUCAUUUGUAUGAUCUUGUGAUAUGUUUAUUAUGUACAUAUAUUUAUAUUAGGAAUAUAUGAUUAGCGUAGGUUAUUUAUUUAUAAAAAAUCACAUUCACAAUUCGAUGAUUACAGAGAUUUUGUAAUUACUACAAAUUCCAAUGCGAUAUGUGUGAUAAAUAUAUAUGCAUGUAUGUAGAGAUGUAUGUAUAGUAAGAUAUUACUAUAGUGAAUAUUGUAUAAAACCUAUGAAUUUAAAAUUGUCUGUGUCGAUAUUAAUGAAAGUUAAUUUAAAUUUAUUUAUUGCAAUUAUCGAAAUUGUGGGCAUAGACUAUAAGGAUCAAUAGCUCCAACAAGGCUAUAAUAACUAUUUAAGAAUAAUGUGACAUAUAAAUUUUCGUACGAUAAGACUACAAUGCAAGAGGUCAAAUAUAUGUACUUUGUUUCAUAUCUACCAAAAUCAGUUAUUAUAAGUAUGAAUAGGACUUUAGUCCGAGGAAUAAAUGCAUUGAUUUUCAAUAUACAUAAUUGAA